AUGGAGGACUAUUGGUUCCUUAUCCUAGUCUCCCUCUCCGUUGCAGCUCUCCUCAAAUCCCUCAUCAGCGUUUUCGCGGCACGAAAACCAUCUCUCCCGCCGGGGCCCUCCGUCGUCUCAAUCAUCGGCAACCUGACCAAAUCCUUCUCCGACCUGGAGCCCUUCCUCCGUUCCCUCCACGCCAAACACGGCCCCGCCGUCACGCUCCGCCUCGGCAAUCGCCUCGCCAUCUUCAUCGCCGACCGCACCCUCGCCCAUCAAGCUUUGAUCCAGAACGGCGCCGUCUUGGCCGACCGACCACCGGCCCAGCCUGUCUCUCGAAUCACCGGCAGCAAUCAGCACAACAUCAACACCGCCUUUUACGGGCCCACCUGGCGCCUCCUCCGCCGAAACCUGAUCUCCGAGAUCCUCCACCCGUCGCGGGUGAAGUCCUACUCCCACGCGCGCGAGUGGACGCUCCGCAUCCUCAGGACCCGACUCCAUGAAUCCGGAUCGGCCCAGCCGGUUCGGGUCAUGGAGCACUUCCAGUACGCGAUGUUCUGCCUGCUGGUGUUCAUGUGCUUCGGCGACAAGCUCGGCGAGAACCAGAUCUCGGAGAUCGAGCGGGUCGAGCGCCAGAUGCUCCUCAACGUUCAGAGAUUUCAGGUUCUCAACAUCUUCCCAAGCUUCCUCACGCGGAUCUUGCUCCGGCAGCGGUGGUCGGAGUUCCUCCGGCUGCGGCGGCGGCAGGAAGAGGUCUUGCUCCCUCUAAUUCGAGCCAGAAAGAGUUUGAAAGAGGGCAGAGCUGGCAGCAAAAUCAAGGAAGAAGAUGGCGCCGGCCACGUUUUGGCGUACGCAGACACACUCUUAGAUCUGGAACUGCCGGAGGAGGGGAAGCGGAAUCUGACGGAGACAGAGAUGGUGACUCUCUGCAACGAGUUCCUCAACGCCGGCACCGACACCACCGCGACGGCCUUGCAGUGGAUCAUGGCGAAUUUGGUCAAGCAUCCUGAGGUCCAGCACAAGUUAUUGGACGAAAUCAAAUCCCUAAUUGGCGAUCGAGAAAGAACAGGGGAAGAAGGAGAGGUCAAAGAAGAGGAUCUGAUUAAGUUACCUUAUCUCAAGGCCGUUGUUCUUGAAGGACUCCGCCUCCACCCGCCGGGUCAUUUCGUACUGCCGCACGCGGCGACGGAGGAUGUGGAGCUCGGCGGGUAUUUGGUGCCCAAGGGGGCGGUGGUGAACUUCAUGGUGGCGGAGAUGGGUCGGGACCCGGGAGUGUGGGAGGAUCCAAUGAGGUUUGACCCGGAGAGAUUCGUGGGCGAGACCGAGACGUCGUCGUUUGAUGUGACGGGAAGCAAGGAGAUCAAAAUGAUGCCGUUUGGAGCUGGGAGGCGGAUGUGUCCCGGGUUUGGACUGGCGUUGCUGCAUUUGGAGUAUUUUGUGGCCAAUUUGGUUUGGAGUUUCGAGUGGAAAGCUGUGGAAGGUGAGGAGGUGGAUCUCUCGGAGAAGCUGGAGUUUACUGUUGUGAUGAAGAAUCCGUUGCAGGUGCAGUUAUACCCCAGGCCAAGUCCAACGGAUUCCACUUCCACCCAUGGACCAUAG